AUGACUGGCAUCUAUUGGCCCGCUGAUUAUUUGCUGGACAUGCUUAUCGUGUUUUCUUGGGAAGCCGUGGAUGGAUCUCGACUAGCCACCUCGGCAAUUGGCAUUUACUUUCUGGCGCAGUACUUCGGCGUGCUAUCCCGGUUCUAUGUUGAUAGUCUGCGCCAAGGCCAGGUACUGCUAUGGCUCCUUCUCUUACAAUUGUCAGCUAUUGCAUCUACAGGCCCAAUCUGGGUACUCUGGUACCUGUCUACUAGUCCAUAUGACGGACAGCGUCUCCCUCGGGCAGUUGCGCAACAAAUCCGAAGCCCCGGCCGGGCACAUCCUUCUCGUCCUUCCGGGGCUUAUAUGGGUUAUGUGCUUCCGGCGGUGGCCAUGGCCCUCCCGUCGCCUCGUCUCGUCUCAAACAACUUCCUGCAGCUGGCCCUUGUAGCCUGGAACAUGUUCCCUAUCUUCAUCUACCUGGUCAUGCAGACUCUUCACCGUCCACGCCGGCUUGGUGACACUCAGUCUUACAACAAUCCUCUUCCCGAACCUCUGGACCCCGCGUACCAUAAAGCAGUUCCACCCAGCCUCGCUUUUCGUCCUCCCGUUCUCUGUAAACGGACCAGCGGCAAAAACAAUCGGAGACGGAGUCCGUAG